AGGUGUGUCGGCCACGUACGACGAUAGUAAUUUCAUGAGAUUGAAGAGGCCAUAAACUUCUUUCCGACUCAAGUUUAACACUUAACAUUCAAUUGAAUCCCCAAAGCAGUAUGAGAUUAUUCAGUUCCGCCUUCACUAUUGUUGCUACCUUCACAUUGUUCAUCAGUGCUGUUUUGGCAGCUGAUCCUCCAAUCACCCAUAAAGUCUAUUUCGAUAUUAAGCAAGGUGAUGAAGAAUUAGGUCGUGUUAUCUUUGGUCUUUACGGUUCAGUCGUUCCAAAAACUGUUGAAAACUUUAGAAAGUUGACAAUUUCAAGUGACCCAGAAUUUGGUUAUAUUAAUUCCAUUUUCCAUAGAGUUAUCCCAGAUUUUAUGAUUCAAGGUGGUGAUUUCACUGAUCGUAAUGGUAGAGGUGGUAAAUCAAUCUAUGGCGCAAGAUUCAAAGAUGAAAACUUCCACAUCAAGCAUGAUAAGAAAGGUAGAUUAUCAAUGGCCAAUGCUGGUAAAGAUACUAAUGGUUCACAAUUCUUUAUCACUACUGUUUUAACCCCAUGGUUAGAUGGUAAACACGUUGUCUUUGGUGAAGUUUUAGAAGGUUUUGAUAUUAUUUCUAAAAUUGAAAAAACUAAAACCAACUGGUCAAACAAACCUGAUGUUGAUAUUGUUAUCUCUGGUACUGGUGAACUUAAUGAAGAUGGUGAAGUUAUCACUUCUGCAACUUUAGAGGAAUCAAAAGCAACUGAAGCUGCUAAAGAAUCAGCAAUUGUUCAUGAUGAUUUAUAAAUAAGCUCUCAUAAAUAAUAGUUACUCUUUUAAGUAUCAUAUAUGAAGCUUUUUUGUUCUUUUUUACGUAGAUUUAAUGUUUUCGGUAUACAAAAAUCUAUAUCGUGCUGCGCGAACCAUCCAUAUUUUUAUUCCCAAAGAAAAACUAUCAAAAGCGAACACACCAACGAUAACAUGAAAGUGUAAAAUAACAACAACCAGAAGAAUCCUUUUUUGAUCAAUAAAGAUGAGUCAGAAUGGGGGAAGGUCAGGUAAUUCUGAUGAACCUGUUGUUCCAAGAGAUGUCAGAAUCUUACAUUUGAUAUUGGCUUCGCAGUCGAUUCAAAGUUACGAAGAUCAUGUUCCUCUACAACUAAUGGAUUUUGCACAC